GACGGCCUCUCGAAUCAUCAGGAACACCGGAGGCUCAAAGAGACGUGUAUCGAUUUGUCGACGAGAUUUGUAGUUCAGGUGGGAAGCAUUGCAAAUUCUGAUGCUUGCUGCAUAUGUCUGAUACGAUGGACGGCGAGUCGCGAAGAUCAUUGCUGGAUGAUUUCCAGGACGCACAAGCCGUCUCUAUUCUCAGAGCCCCAAAUGGAGGAGAGGCAUGUGGCAGUGUCACCGGACCCAGGAAUGAGCAACGCGCCAAACAAAUCCUUGGGGGCGAGAAGACUGAGGGAGCAGGAGUGGAGAUGCCGACAAUUGGAGAGGAGAUCAAGACGCAAGUACUCAUCGCACUGCCGAUGAUAGUCAUGAAUCUCUUGCAGUUCUCGAUUCUCAUCGUUUCUGUCAUGUUUGUGGGGCACUUGGGAUCACUGGAGCUCGCCAGUGCAUCUCUCGCCACCUCUGUUACAAACGUCCUCGGCUUGUACAUCCUGAUGGGAAUGGCAGGGUCUCUGGAGACCCUUUGUGGACAAGCUUACGGUGCCAAGCAGUACCACAUGCUGGAAAUUUACGUUCAGCGGGCAGUCUUCGUCCUGUGCUGCACUUGCGUGCCUUUGACAAUUCUCUUCCUGAAGAUUGAGAGCAUCCUCCUCCUGGCCGGGCAGACGCCAGAAAUCUCCAGCAAAGCGGCAGAAUACGUGUUUUGGCUAUUGCCAGCCCUUUACGCCAGCGCGUUUUUGCAACCGCUUAUCAAGUUCUUGCAGACCCAGAGCAUCGUUAGACCCAUGGCUUACUGUGCAGCAGCCGCGUUGGCAAUUCAUGUACUUUUGUGCUGGUUCUUCGUGUUCAAGCUGGGUCUCGGCUAUCGAGGUGUUGCAAUGGCCACGAGCAUAUCAUAUUGGGCGAACGUAGUGCUUUUGGCCACGUUCGUGAAAGUGUCAAACUGCUGCGACAGGACUUGGUAUUGGGCCUUUGAGAUAAUGGUGCUGGCCGCUGGAUGGUUGGCUAAUCCUCAACUGGAAGUCUCAGCAUUAGCAAUUGGCCUGAAUACCUCCGGUUUAAGUUACACGAUCCCUACUGGCCUCAGCGCUGCUGCAAGCACUCGCGUUUCUAAUGAGCUCGGAGCUGGGAGGCCUCUUGCAGUGCGCAGGGCGAUAAAAGUGGUGCUUACCACCUCUUUCGGGGUUGCCAUCAUUGUUUCGAGCUCUUUGUUCUUGUCACGAGAUAGUUGGGGCUUUAUCUUCAGCAAGGACCUUGAAGUGGUCUCAAAAGUCUCCACUAUUGUGCCAUUUCUAUGCUGCGUCAUUCUUUUUGACGGCUUCCAAGGUGUUCUUGCAGGGAUUUUCAAGGGUGCCGGAUGGCAAGACGCAGGCGCUAUGAUAAAUUUCACCUGCUUCUAUGUAUUUGGCAUUCCUACUGGAAUGAUCUUGUCUUUCUACUUUGGCUGGGACUGCAAGGGUUUAUGGACCGGUAUGAUUACAGGACUUGGAAUUCAAGUGAUCGGACUUUCAUACAUAUGCUCUCGCACAAACUGGGAUGAACAGACGGAGAUAGCCUACACUCGACAGCGCAAAGCAAGGUCAUCGACAGAUGAUGUACAUGCGGCAGAAAGCAUAUAUCCUUGAUCGAAAGCUCUGGUCACAGAGUUUCAGUUGUACAAAGCAUGCAACUUCUCAGCACGUUCAUUCAUCGUCAAAUGUGCUGGCCCCCAAUGAGCGCCUCAUAUGGUCUUUUGGUCACUCCAGAUGGAAUGGACUUCCAUAUUAAACAUUGAGGUUCUCAAAAAGGAUGCUGCAGAAGAUCAAGUGGGUUGUAGGAAGCCGCAGAACAGCUUCUGCCUAAGUUUGAUGAGCUCCAGUGGCUGAAUUCUACAACCAGCAAGCCUGGAAAAAGCAUGUUACGCUUGAAGGCAAAGGAGGGUGAAUGACAAAAGGAACAAGGCUGGCUUUUAUGACUCACCAUUUGGUCUCUAGUUGACAAAGGUUGAUUCUUUCUUGUACUUCAUACAAGAAAGAAAUGACAGAGGGUGGUGAAUUCCUGCUUCUUUGAGGAUGGUGAGUCUGGGCCUCCACUGUGAUUUGACGUUCAAUUUCUAUCCGAUUCAUGUGAGGGACAUGAAUCUCGGGCGAAUAGAAAGUCCAGGAAGGUUCUGCAUUCUAGCCUUUCAUCUCCAAUAGGUUUGAAGUGCGAACGUAAUGUCAAAUUUUUUAUAUAAUAUUAAAUUAUUUGCUUAACUUGGCAU